AUGACAGCAGAGAGCGAAAGUGACAUACAGCGUACAGUGGAUGAAAUGACUGAAAUGCUCAGAAUACCAGGAAUGAAAAUAAAUAGCAAAAAAACGGAGAUUUUAGUAUAUGCUAAAGACCCAAAAAAUAAAAGCCGAAGUAUACAUAGAUAGUAAAUAAUUAUAGCAUGUAUGGUGUAUCUGGAGAACAAAAUAACAUAAGACGCUAAGAGCACCAGAGAAAUCAAACAGUGUAUAGCAUUGGUAAAAAUUUUCUUCAGCAAGAAACACAAACCAUUCACGUCGAAAAAGUUACAGCUCAAUGUCGAAAAGAGGCACAUUAAAACGUAUGUAUGGAAUGUUUCAGUUAAUGGAAGUGAGACGUGGAUCAUAAACAAUGCUGAAAAGAAAAACUGGAAACUUCUGAAAAAUUGUGUGCUGGAAGCGUAUUGA